AUGUGGGGUGGUUUCAGGAGACAAAGUCGCCACCCGGACAGUCACCACCAUCACCCACCACCACCACCACCAACAACACCCAACAAUGGCCGCCAACUGCCCCUCACCGCCAGGAAGAGCCUCAAGGAUGCUGAGCCCCAGAACGCCGAAGCCAUCAAGAAGCUGGAGGCUGCCACUGGCACCACCGGCUGGACCUUCGAGGCCGACGGAGCGGCCAUCCACGAGGCCCUGAAGAACGACGGCAACCUCGUCGGCAGGGUGAUCAACCAGACCCUGUCCGGCCUGGUGGACAACAUCAUCAAGCUGUGCAAGAAGGACGAGAUGUACAAGGAGGCCUUCGUCGAAAAGAUCACGGCCAAGAAGAUCAAGUUUGUCGUCACCAGCGAGGGUCCUGCCUACUGCCCCGGCGAGACCUCCUUCCCCGAGGGAGUCCUCCUGGUGACCAUCCACCAGGAGAAGCCCUGGGUCAACGUCAACCAGACCGGCAACAAGAUUGAGUCCCAGCUCUAA